UUUAAAUCCCUUCAUGUCUCUGAAGCCGUACUUCAGCAUGGCCGAGCACUGGACAGCGGUCCUCCUCACACUUCUGUCUGUGACCCGAGCAGGCGUCUGUGAGACCCUGCCUGGCUCCUGCAGGAUCGUGUGUGACCCCUCCUCAGGUCUUUCUAAAGACCAAGGCAAUGGCUUUGUCAUCCCCCUCACCUCAUCUGCGGCAGGACCUCCCGGGCCACGUGGUCCUCCGGGUAAAGCAGGGCCCGCGGGGCCAGCCGGACCCUCGGGUAUAGGCUCGUCGAGUACGGGAGGUGUGGCGUUCAGCGCUGCGCUGCAGGACGCCAUCGCCAAGAACGAUGUGAUAAAGUUUAACGACGUGAUUACUAAUCUGGGAGGAGGUUAUGACUCCUCCACCGGGACCUUCACCUGUAAAACAGCGGGAGUGUACUACUUCAUCUUUAGCAUUGUCAAGACCGGCCAGAACCUACGAGUGGACUUGUUUCUUAAUGACCAAACGGCUGUGGCGAGUGCGGUGGCAGUGGACGUUCUUCACACAGACACCGCAAGCAACAGCGUAGUGCUGCAGCUGAAAGCUGGGGACCGGCUGUACGUCCGGCUGAACAGCAGCGAACUAAGCAAGAGGGACUCACAGAGCCGCUUCAGUAUCUUCUCUGGUUACCUGCUGUAUGAGAUCUGAGACCAACAGACAAACAUGAUGUCUUUCAGCUUUAACCUCUUUCUGGUAGUUUGAAGAGGCCUCUUUGAGUUCAGACUGCGCGUUUCCUUGAAUAAAGUAUGAAUUCUCUGGCAA